UGCUGUAAGUAUUGCCAAGACCCCUUCAAACAUAUAUAUACUUACUUCACGCCAUUGGAAUCUUAUUAUUUUAUCCAUUUUCCAAACCCCCUCAACCCUCUUAUAUAUCUCUCCAAGGCUCUGAAAAUAUAUGUAUCCAAUAGCUCUCACAGAACAAAAAUGGAGAAAUUAUAUCUUCAUGUGUUCUCUCUCCUCCUAGUCAUCUGUCUCUUCCCUCAACUCAUAAAAUCACAAGAUGAUGAUUAUGUUCGACAACCUCCUCGCGGAGUAAUAUUCACCCACCACACUAGUUCGGAUGAGGACCCUCAACAGGUGCAUAUUUCACUGGUGGGAAAAGAUCAUAUGAGAGUUUCAUGGGUUACUGAAAGCAAGCAUGUUAAAUCAAUUGUGGAGUAUGGAAAGGAAUCUGGGAUGUAUAAUGGGAAGGCAACUGGAGAACACACAUCAUACAAGUACUUUCUCUACAGCUCUGGGAAGAUCCACCAUGUUACCAUUGGUCCCUUGGAACCUGCCACUACAUACUUCUAUAGGUGUGGAGGUUCAGGCCCCGAGUUCUCCUUCAAGACACCCCCACAAAAACUUCCCCUUGAAUUUGCAGUGGCCGGUGACCUAGGUCAGACUGAAUGGACUAACUCAACCCUACAACACAUCGGAAGCAUGGACUACGAUGUGCUUCUCCUCCCCGGUGACUUGUCAUACGCCGAUACACAGCAACCGCUUUGGGACUCCUUCGGCCGCAUUGUCGAGCCCUACGCCAGCAAACGCCCUUGGAUGGUCACAGAAGGCAACCAUGAAGUCGAGAGCAUCCCAAUCAUCAACCCUACUGGCUUCAAGGCCUACAAUGCCAGGUGGCCGAUGCCCUACCAAGAGAGUGGGUCCACCUCAAACUUGUACUACUCUUUUGAAGUUGCCGGGACCCACGUCAUCAUGCUGGGAUCCUAUGCUGAUUUUGAUGCUAAGUCAGAUCAGUACAAGUGGCUUCAGGCUGAUUUGGCAAAGAUUGAUAGGAAGGUGACGCCGUGGAUUGUUGUGCUUCUGCAUGCACCGUGGUAUAAUACCAAUUCUGCCCACAAAGGUGAAGGGGAGAGUAUGAGGAAAGCAAUGGAAGAGUUGCUGUACAAUGCAAGGGUGGAUGUGGUUUUUGCGGGGCAUGUUCAUGCGUAUGAACGAUUUACUAGGGUUUACAACAAUGAAGCUGAUCCAUGUGGUCCAGUGUAUAUGACCAUUGGUGACGGUGGAAAUCGCGAAGGACUAGCAUUAAAGUUCGAAAAUCCGGCUUCCCCUCUGUCUUUGUACAGAGAGCCGAGUUUUGGACACGGAAGGCUCAGAGUAUUAAACGAAACACAUGCAUUUUGGGGAUGGCAUCGAAACAACGAAUCAAACUCCGUUGUAAAAGACCAGGUCUGGUUAGAAAGUUUGAGCAGCUCCAAAACAUGCAUGAAAUCUGGGAGCCAGAAGGUGGGUUCAUCAUCUGUUAACGAUGAAUUAUAGGUCACAUGUCACACACAAAGUUUACAAUACCUUAGUCUUGUUGUUUUUUUAGCUAACAAAGAUUGGAAGUUACAAGGUUUCUGAGUGCAUAUGUUUAUAAAUUAUUCUUUGAUAAUUAAGUGCAAGGUGUGGAUUAUUACCUUUGAGUUCUUCGUUUAUUAUCAUGUUUUUGUAUUGGAUGCUUUGUAUAAAACAAGUUAGUGGAAAUUAAACAUCAGAUUAUGUUUUGU